AUGAUAUCAAAAAGGAAAAAAUUAGCAUUAAUUAAAAGCAACUAUUAAUUUACUAACAUACAUAAUUCUUAUUUACAGCAUAUAGAGAAGAUGAAUUAAUUGAAAUCAGCUUCUUCUUCUUAAGAAAUAAAAAUACAAAAAAUUGUUAAAAAUGAAUUAAAUCAGAUAAAGUGUUUACAAUAAUCAUCCAAUAAUAAUCAACCUUAGCAUGUACUUUAAGAGAAAUACUUUGAUUUCGAUGAUCAUUCAUUUUUUUCUGAAGACAGUAAAUAAAAACAAAAUUCUUAUCACGAUGACUAAAUUAAUAAUUCAAAAAAUGUUGGUGAAACAGAAUCGUGUUUUAGCUAUUAUCAUGAAGGAUAAGAAAAUAAUAAUGAUCUUGUUUUAAAACUUGAUAAAAUAGAUAAAAAUAAUAUUAGUAAAAAUAUUAUAAAAGCUUUUUUUAAAUAUCUAUUAAACAAAAAUAACGACUUGCUAAUAGAUUUUGCUUUAAGUGGAGCACAGCCAGCUUAUGCUCAUAAAUUAGCUAAAAAUUUUAUAAAUUCUUACAAUUAUAAUAACAGCUCGCUUCACAAGCUAAUAUAUCAUCCUAAAUAUGGUAAAGCUUUUGAAUUUUAUUUAACAUUUGAAGCUGAACAGUGGCUAUCUAAUAGCAAGGUCAAAUAAAAAUAAGCACAUCUUAUAUUCAUAGAUUAUUUAAAGUUGUGUUGCUGCAAUCCUGAAUAUUCUAAUCACCUUAUAUCAUAUAAAAAAACCAAAAAGAGUUUGUUUAAUGAUAGAUAAUGA